ACCUCCCUGGAUGUGAUUGAAUGUCUUGAAAUCUGCUUCUGAUUUCCUCGGGGAGUUGACUUUUUCCUCUUUUUUUUUUUUCCGCCUUCUGCUUUCAACCCCUGGAUUUAUUGAAACCUUUUAAACUCCCAUUUCAAGGCAGCCCGCCGCUGGGGCUCAGUUUCUCCACUGUUGCGCUUCUCCCUCGCUCUCCCCGCCCCCGACCCUCCCAGCCAGGCAGCCCCUUCCUCGGGUAGACCAGAGAGGAGCCGGCGGUGUCGGCGUGGGGGCAGCACCCUCCCCGGGCCAGCGGGCAGAGCGGACGGCCAGUUCCCCCGCAGGGCGCAAAAUAGCAGCCGGGCUGGGCUUUGGGCUGCCUUGGCUGAUCGCCCCCCGCCUCUGUUUUGCGACCAGCUGCCGCGGCAGAGCUCUCGCGCGCGCUCUGCCUCCAGAACGGCGAGCCCUUCUCCGCCUGUUUUUCCCCAAGACGAUUUUUGACGGCUCCCGGCUGGGCGUCGAAAGUGGAACUUUCUACCUGUUCUCGUCGCGAGAGAAGCCAGUUUCUGUGACUUUGGAAGGUCUCUCGCUGGGAGGAUGGACCCCUUGCCUAUGUUGUGGUUGCUCCUGACUGCCUGUGGGCUAGACCUGUCUCAGGCUGUGAACCCCUUUGCAGUGCAGCAGAUCCCGCCUGACCCUUGCUACGAUGAAAAAGGGGCACCUCGACGCUGCAUCCCAGAGUUCGUCAAUGCCGCUUUUGGGAAGGAAGUCCAUGCCUCCAGCACGUGCGGGAAGCCUCCCACCCGCCACUGUGAUUCUUCAGAUCCCCGGAAAGCCCACCCAGCCUCUUACCUCACCGACCUCAACACCGCUGCCAAUAUGACCUGCUGGCGCUCGGAGACCUUGCACCAUUCGCCCCAGAACAUCACCCUCACCCUCUCCCUGGGCAAGAAGUUUGAGGUGAUCUAUGUGAGUCUGCAGUUCUGCUCGCCCCGUCCCGAGUCAUCCGCCAUUUUCAAGUCCAUGGAUUACGGCAAAACCUGGGUGCCUUAUCAGUAUUACUCUUCGCAGUGCCGGAAGAUCUAUGGCAAGCCCAACAAAGCCACCGUCACCAAGCAGAACGAGCAGGAGGCGCUGUGCACGGACGGGCACACCGACCUCUACCCGUUGACCGGAGGGCUGAUUGCCUUCAGCACUUUGGACGGGCGUCCUUCCGCCCAAGAUUUUGACAACAGUCCUGUUCUCCAGGAUUGGGUGACAGCCACUGACAUCCGAGUCAUUUUCAGCCGCCCUCACUUGUUCCGGGAACUAGGGGGUCGGGACCAUGAGGACGAGGAUGGUGGGGUGAGCUCUUCUUCCUACUACUAUGCUGUGGGUGAGUUUCAAGUUGGGGGACGCUGCAAGUGCAACGGGCAUGCCUCGCGCUGCGUGAAGGACAAAGAAGGCAAGCUGGUGUGCGACUGCAAGCACAACACUGAAGGCCCCGAGUGUGACCGUUGCAAACCUUUCCAUUACGAUCGCCCGUGGCAGAGGGCCACUGCCAGGGAGGCCAAUGAGUGCCUAGCCUGCAACUGCAAUCUCCAUGCCCGCCGCUGCCGUUUCAACAUGGAGCUGUACAAACUCUCAGGACGGAAAAGUGGAGGUGUCUGCCUCAAUUGUCGUCACAACACCGCUGGGCGGCACUGCCAUUACUGCAAGGAGGGCUUCUACCGGGACCUGAGCAAAUCCAUCACUGACCGCAAGGCCUGCAAAGCAUGCGACUGCCACCCUGUUGGCGCAGCUGGAAAAACCUGCAACCAGACCACUGGGCAAUGCCCGUGCAAAGAUGGUGUGACAGGGUUAACCUGCAACCGCUGUGCCAAAGGCUACCAACAGAGCCGUUCGCCAGUUGCUCCAUGCAUCAAGAUUCCUGCCAUCAACCCAACGUCCGUGGUCACCAGCACAGAAGAGCCAGCAGCAGACUGUGACUCCUACUGCAAGCCAGCCAAAGGCAACUACAAAAUUAACAUGAAAAAAUACUGCAAGAAAGACUAUGUUGUCCAAGUGAAUGUCUUAGACAUGGAGACAGUGGCCAACUGGGCCAAGUUCACCGUCAACAUCCUCUCAGUCUACAAGUGCCGGGAUGAGCGGGUGAAAAGGGGCGACAACUUCUUGUGGAUCCACAUGAAAGACCUGGCAUGCAAAUGCCCCAAGAUCCAAAUCAGCAGAAAGUACUUGGUCAUGGGGAUCAGCGAAAACCCCACCGACCGACCGGGACUGAUGGCUGACAAGAACAGCUUGGUGAUCCAGUGGCGGGAUGCCUGGACUCGGCGCCUCCGGAAACUGCAGAGGCGGGAGAAAAAGGGGAAGUGCUUGAAGCCAUGAUUGGCUUUGGCUUGCAUCUGUUAAUGCAUGCCGCCCUCCUCCUCGCUUGCCCAUUGGUUCCCUGUGCACUGCGCUCCGCAGACUGUUCCGAGAGACUCUGUACAUAUACGUGUCAAGGGAAUGGAUGGACUCGCCUGUGUAUAGUGUAUAUUUUGGCAACGAUUUCUAGGGGGUGGGGGUUGCGGGCAUGGUUCCUUUUUUAAAAAAAACAAAGAAAUGUUUAUUAAGAGUAACACAGUAAUGACAAACCUUUAACAAGGAGCGAAGUGAAGGAGAGGUCUUGUGGGGCCACUAAGUGAACUGAAGACACUUGGAAGAAGACAGCUCAGAUCUUCUCUAGGCAGGAGCAAAACUCCCACCCUGCUUUUAAAAAAAAACUUUUGCAGUGUUUCUCUGAUUCUGCCAAAUUCCAAAGGGACAGCCACAGGGACAGCUGGUGAGGAGGGGUGCCACCAUCCGGCUAGCCUCCUGGCAGUGGCAUUGCUGCAACUUACCAGGAAGACAAGGGGGAGGUGAUAGGGUGGUCAGCGCUCUGCAGCUGCGCCGGCAGAGCCAAUAUAGUGCUCCCACCGGCGCAUCCCCACAACACUGACCUUCCCGCCACUUCUCCCUUCCGGUAAUCUGCAGCGAUGCCAUUGCUGGAAGGCCAGGCGUGUGGUGGCACCUCUUGCCAUUAGCUCUUCCUGGGUAACCAUAUUAGGUCUGUUAACAGUACACACACACACAUACAGAUACAAAACCUUGGAGCACCUUAAACAGGUCUGUUGUGGCAGGAGCUCAGGUGCAGGAGGUGUUAUCCUCACUUUGAAAAAAUGUUACCAAAUUCUUCCAAGCUACACAGGAAGUGGAUUGGACUGUGAAAGACCAACCCAAAUGGUGUUUGCAUUUUCACCAAUUUGUAGGGCAGUCCAAUAUCUCAGAGAGGAGGUCAGGUCUCCUGCUCCCCUGGUGUAUUCACUAUAGCUGCCCAAUUUCCCUGCUUUUUAAAGUUUGAUAGAAUAGCUGUGGGCUAUAGGUAUGUUCUUAAACCGCAAGGUUUUUUGCCUAUUAGUGAAUAGAGAUUGGGAAUACCAUGGUCUGAAUGAUCCUGACUUUGGUGUUCAGUGAUACAUCUUUGCAUUUGAGGACCUUUUCUAGUUCUCUCAUAGCUGCCCUCCCCAGUCCUAGCCUUCUUCUGAUUUCUUGACUGUUGUCUCCAUUUUGGUUAAUGACUGUGCCGAGGUAUUGAUAAUCCAUGACAAGUUCAAUGUCCUCGUUGUCAACUUUAAAAUGGGGGGGGUCAAUUUCACCAACCAUUCUCAGGGCGGGGUGGAUUCUCUAAUGGUUUAUGCAGGAGGUGGGGGCAAGCAGCAGAAGGGACAAUAGCAGAGCUCCUGUGCUGGCAUCCUGGUAUCCCCCUGCAACGCCCCAGAUAGUUGCAUUGUCCCAGGGCAUGGUGGGUUUGGGGGGGAGUGGGAAAUGGAGGCCAUCCCAAAAAAGUGGUGGAGGAUAUUCAGCAAAAUGGCCCUCUUUUGUGAGGGGGGGGGGAAGGAAAAUCUCUGCUGAGAAAUGUUGUGGCAUACCCAAUGAGAAAAGAAACCUUGGUCAAUUUACCAUUAUGAGUUUUAAUUGAUCCAUCAAUUCAGUCUGCAUAAAUUUGCAUGUGAGAAAAACCAGUGUCUUAAAAUAAACAUCCUGUAUAGAUCAGGGGUGGGGAACAGCUUUCAGCCCAAGGGCCAGAUUCAUCCUUGGCCAAACUUCUGAGGGCCAAAUGAUCAAGGCCGGCAGCUCAGUGAGUGGAGCAGGCCUCCUUUUUAGAACAGCCCUCUCCUGUUCCCUCCCCCAUUUGGGAAUGUCUGUUUUUAAGAUGGCAUUUAGUAUCUGCAGUUUUUAAAAGUAUUAAGUUUGGAGGGGCGCCUUUUCAGAAGCUCAACAUGUUUUUAGUUGAUUCAUCUAUCCAACCCACUCUUCCCCAACCUGGUUGUCUACAGAUCUGGUUGGACUACAACUCCCAUCAUCCCUUACCAUUGACCAUGGUGGUUGGGGAGCUGGUGGGAAUGCCAUCGUGCCACCCACCCUUAAUUCCAUUCAGAACUAUGCUGUAUCAUCUUGUAGAAUUGCUCGGAGGGCAGCUGUAGGGGAGCAGAUAUGGCAGCCACUGGCUAUUGAAAAGAGCAGUGCUGGGAAGACUCCAUUCUCUGUCCCUUUUUGACACCCCCCCCCAAAAAAAAGCCGUAAUGCACCUUACCUCAAUUUUACUACCUGGGUCCGUAAAAUAGGAGCGGAGCCUUUUUUUGCUCAGCUCUGUCAAGGGUACAGAGGAAACAGAUUUUCCACAGUGGAGCUAAUAUAUCACAGACUGUUCCUCUUCCAUUCCAGGGCCUUUGGGGGCUCCACUGUUGACCAUGCACAAACACACACCCUCUGUGUCUCAGUGCAGGUACCUCUGUGUGUGCUGUAUUUGUUCUCUGAUGAAUUGAACUCUGGUCCAUAAAAACUUAAUGCCACAAUCAGCCGAUUAGCCUUUAAAGUGCAACAAGACUCCUUCCUGCUUUUGUUCUCUGAUUCCAACGCCAUUUCUGCACUCCAAUCUUUUAGCGAUGGGAGGAAGGUCCCAUUGGCUUUGGGAAGAGUAGACCCAUUGAAAUUUAUGGGGCAUGACUAGCUUUGGUUUGUUAAUUUCAGUGGGUCUGCUCUCUGUAGGACUUAGUUGGCAACAACCUUUAGGCUCAAGGUGUUAACUGCAUUAUGUUCUCACCUCACUGCCUCCUGACCUUCAGGGCUGCCAACUGGUAUACUUUUUUACUGGGAACCUGAGACAUCUGCCCCUAAAGCUUGCAUUUCUUGGUGGUCAGGGCCAGCCCAAGACAUCUUGCCUCCUGAAGCAAAAGACAAGAUGGCACCCCUGUUUUGCCAGCAGAAGCUGAUUGGACUGGCAGUUGAGUCUUAGGCCCCAGUCUUCUGCACCACACAUUUAAAGCACUCUGAUACCACUUUAAACAGUCAUGACUUCCCCAAAAGAAUCCUGGGAACUGUAGUUGGCUAAGUGUGCUAAGAGCUGUUAGGAGACCCAGAGUGCUUUAACAAUCAAUCCCUCUUCCCAAAGAACUCUGAGAAUUGUGGCUCUGAGAGCGAGGAAUAGGGGUCUCCUAACAACUCAAACUUUAAACAACUACAGUUCCCACAAUUCUGUGAGGAAAGCCAUGAGUGUUAAAGUGGUAUCAGAGUGCUUUAAAUGUGUGGUGCAGAUUUAGUCUAAUUUUGACACUGGUGAUGAAGCAGUGUCUUCUUGAGGGCUGCAGGCUGCUUUAGGGGCCACAUGGCAGGCUGUCCUUCAGCACCUGGCCACCACCACUCUCUACCCCCCCCUCUGCCACUAUCUGCCACCGGAAGCAACUUGACUCUCUCUGCCUAUUGGUGGAGGAACCACUAGGUGGUAACGUGACAAUCUCAGCUUCCAUUUAAAUUGAACAAAUCUGAUUUUUAGCUCUUUCUGGGGGUCGAGGAAUAUCCUCAUCUUGUGCACAAAAGCAACAGUUCUGUGGGUGGGCUGAAAAAUAUGGAAUCUGCAAAACCCAUUCCUACCAAAACCUCAUAAGAACGUAGGAGGCUGCCUUAUACUGAGUCAGACCACUGGUCUAUCUAGCCCAGUAUUGUCAACACUGGCUGGCAGUGGCUCUCCAGGGUUUUAGGCAGGGUGUUUUUCCCAGGCCUACCUGGAGAUGCUGGGCUUGAACCUGGGAGCUUCUUGCAUUAGAAGCAGAUGCUCUACUGCCAAUCUAACCUACACACACAAAGGCACACAAACCCGAUAAGGGUCCUUUAAAGAGCUUAUUGGCUCACCUUCCUCUUGGCCCUCUGAUCUCACCACCUGUACCCAUCUCUCUAGAUGCUUCAGUUAUCUACUCCGAUGGCCAGUACGCCAUCCUUACUAUUGCUAGCAAAUCCCCAGGCACCCCAGUGCCAAGGCCCUCGACUUGCAAACUCUAUGCUAUUGCGGGGCCUGAGACAGGCCUAGGGUGUCGUGUCUGCCAUUGGCACAGCUGCUCUGGUUUCACAGAGGUUUGUUUGAACAGUCAGGGCUGCCUUCUGGCUUCCAUUGGCUCACCUGUUCUGAUGUCACAGAAAGGUUCACUUGAAGGGUUACAGCUGCCUUCUGGCUGUCAUUGGCACAACUGCUCUGACAUUACAGAGUGGUCUCCCUGAGGAGUCACAGUCCAUUGAUUCAGUUGUUCUGAUGUCACAGAAGGAUGUAAACCUAGAGCCAAAUGCCUAACAGCAUAUGAGAGGUGGCAAAGUCAAUGACAACUGAACUCUGAGAUCUAUGAACACCUAUGAACUAAGAGCAUAAGAAGAGCCUGCUGGAUCUAGUCCAUCUAGUCCAGCAUCCUGUCCUCACAGUGGCCAACCAGUUUCCUGUGGGAAGCCUGUAAGGACCUGAGUGCAACAGCACUCCCCUCUUCUGUAGUUUUCAGCAGUUGGUAUUCGGAAGCAUACUGACUCUGACUAUGGAGGCAGAGCAUAGCAUGACUGAUAGACACCAAUGGCCUUAUCCUUGGUGAAUUUGUAUAAUCCUCUUUUCAAAGCCAUCCAAGUUGGCAGUGCUGCAUUUAUAGCACUGCCUUUCUAAUAAUUUAGAUUUUUUAAGCCAGCCUCAUUGUUUUUCAAUACUUUGGGUUAAUCACAUCUGUUAUUUUAUGUCACCACAGGAUGAUACUCGCUGCAAACUGUUUGACUUUGUAUGUUUGGUAGGUUAUCCUGCCAGCUGCCUGGUGUAAGGAAGGAUGAUUUCAUCAGGUUGAACAAGUGUAGACAAUGUGGUGAUGGGUAGCUUGUUUCGCUGCGCCAGUGCUAAUUCUCUUUAGCAGCAAUUCAAAAGCCAUCCGGCUGCCCUUUCAGCAAAGUCUGAGUGCUUCCAUUGUGGUUUGCUUGCAUGGCUUGCCAGGCAGUUCCAGGCGGUCCAUUUAUGCUUUAGUCUAGGAGUAUGGCAAUAUAGGGCCACAACAUUGGUCAUGUCAGGCCUGCCAAAGCUUUUCCCUGGAAGACCAUACCUCCCCAUUUUCCCUCUGGAGACACUUGAGGUUGCCAUGUUGUCAGUUGCCACACACAGUGAAAGCAUAAGAGCUACAUGGGCUAGUUGAGGUAUGGGGUGGUAGUGGUGGUGGCUAGUUGGUGAGCUAGUUAUGUUGCCAAGCAGGCACAACAUUGGUACCACUGGGAGCUUGGACACCAGAUGGCCUGCGAUUGCUGACACUUCCCUUUGGUUUAAGGUGAAAAAUAAUUAAAGACUUGUACAUGCAGUUUGGAAGAAACAUCAACAGCCAGGCACCUGCUGUCAUCUUCAUUUUCCCAGAAUUCCUCUGGGCCUCAGCAUACAGUCCAGAGGCAUUUGAAAGAAAUUAAGAUAGUGCCUACUGCUGCUGCAGCCACUUCACCUGCUGUCCCCCAUCUUGCCCAGCCUUCUGCCUCCUGUUAAGUUCAUGGGGGGAUGACACCUGCCCAGUUCUGGUGAUUCCACCAGAAUGGGGCUUGCUCAUAAGCCUCUCAAACCUGCUGCCAGCCCUGUUGCCAAAUAAGGUGGAAUAAUUACGAUGGCAGCCUCCUUCCUGUCUUCAGGCUCAUCCACACAGUGAUUUAGUGUGUGUCUGGUGCUACUUGCAUCCCCUUGUAAUUCACACAGUUCGCAUGACAUUGCAGGCAAGCAGAAAGUAUCAUGCAGUUUUCCCCUUUAAAUCCGUAUUAACCCAAUCUGCUGAUAAUAUGAAAAGGAAAGGAAAAACCAUCUCAGUUGUGCGGUGCUCCUCCUUGUAGAUGCUUUGCUUCAAUGUUUUUUUAGUGGGCAUACUCUCUUAUGUCCCAUCACCUGCUCCCUCUCUCUCUGCCACCCGCAAAACCUGGGGCAGCCGCUGCCUAUUUUGCCUUUCACUCACUCCCCCCCAUCUGCCUUUCACUCAGACUUGGACAAUGGAGAGGGGAGGGGGGGUCUGGUCGGUUUCAUUUUUUCUUGUCAAUUGCACACCGAGGCGCUCUCCUGGCUUCAGCCUUGAACCGGAGGGAGUAAACAUGUAAAAUUAUAGGGCAGAGCCACAAGGAAACAGCGACACUAAUCCUUCCCAGAGGAACGCCUACUAGUGUGAAUGGAAAAUAGCAGAUUUGAAGCUACUACUGAGACUGAAGUAUGCACCUUGCAAAUCUGUCAUAACAGUAAAAGCAGCAGCUUUAGUAUAAAGGUAUGCUCCUGUGUGGAUAAGCACUUCAUCUUGGGGCUUAUCCACAAGGGAGCCUAACUUCGUACUAAAGAAGCUGCUUUUACCAUCACAAUAGCUUUUCAAGGUCCACACUUCUUGCUCAAUGGUAGCUUCCAGUCUGAUGUUUUCCUUUCACACAAGUAGGCAUUCAUCUGGAAAGGUUUAGUAUCGCUUUUGCCUUGUGGCCCCCCAACAAUUUUACAUGUUUACUCCCUCUGGAGUAUUGAUAUUGCUAAUGGGGAGGAUUUUUUUUGUCAGUUUCAUUGUUUCUUGUUAAUUGCAUGCCUCUCCCAGCUGAAGCCCAGAGAGCAUUGGGGUGCAAUUGACAUGAAACUACAUGAAACUGAUUAGAGGGGGGAAUGAGUGAAAGGCAAAACAGGCAGCGGCUGCCACAGCUUUUGCAGGCAACAGAGAGAGGGAACCAGCAAUGGGGCAUAAGACAGCCU